AUGUCGAUUUCUGCUCAGUACUUCCCCAACGAGCCUGCUGCUCCCCAGGUCAAAACGGCCUUCCCCGGACCAAAAUCCCAGGACGCCGUCAAGCUGCUUGGUCAGGUGUUCGAUGCCAGACCCGUCUACUUUGUGGCUGACUACGAGAAGUCCAACGGUAACUACAUUGUGGAUGUCGACGGCAACACGUACUUGGACGUGUACGCCCAGAUCGCGUCGAUUCCAUUGGGCUACAACAACCCUGCGUUGCAGGCGGUUGCAAAAUCAGACAAGAUGAUCAGAGCCAUCAUCGACAGACCAGCCUUGGGCAACUUCCCCGGCAAGGACUCCGAGGAGAUCAUCAAGAGUUUGUUGGACGUGGCGCCAAAGGGCCAGGACAAGGUGUGGUCGGGUCUUUCUGGAGCCGACGCCAACGAAUUGGCCUUCAAGGCGGCCUUCUUCUGGUACCAGCUGAGAAGAAGAGGCUUUAAGACGGAGUUCACUGCCGAGGAGAGCAAAACCGUCAUGGACAACCAGCUGCCUGGUUCUCCUGAUCUCGCUGUCUUGUCGUUUGAGCGUGCUUUCCACGGCCGUUUGUUCGCUACAGCUUCCACCACCAGAUCCAAGCCUAUCCACAAGUUGGACCUUCCAUCCUUCAAGUGGCCCAAGGCCGAGUUCCCCACUUACAAGUACCCACUCGGCGAGCACACUAAAGACAACGAGGAGGAGGACAAGCGCUGUCUUGCCAUUGUGGAGGAGAAGUUCCAGAAGGCUUCCGCUCCAAUUGCUGCCGUCUUGGUGGAACCCAUCCAGUCCGAAGGUGGCGACAACCACGCCUCCCAGGCGUUCCUCCAGGGCUUGAGAGACAUCACCAUCAAGCACGGAGCCCUCCUCAUCAUGGACGAGGUCCAGACCGGCGUGGGAGCCACUGGUAAGUUCUGGGCCCACGAGCAUUUCAACAUCUCGCCUGCUCCCGACAUGGUGACGUUUUCCAAGAAGUUCCAGUCCGCAGGCUACUACUUCCACGACCCAGAGAUUAUCCCCAACGUUGCAUACCGUCAGUUCAACACCUGGUGUGGAGACCCAGCCAGAAUGUUGCUUGGAGGAGCCAUUGGUGCCGAGGUGAAGAAGCACGAUUUGCCUGCUGUGGUGGCCCGUGUCGGAGACUACUUGUACAAGAAGCUUGAAGGUUUGGCCCAGAAGUACCCAGACUUCAUUCACAAUCUCAGAGGUAAGGGCAGAGGCACCUUCAUUGCGUGGUCGUUCAAGGAAGCCUCAUUGAGAAACCAGUUUUUGAGCGACAUCAAGAAGGAGGGUAUCAACAUGGGCGGCUGUUCCGAGGACUCUGUGCGUUUGAGACCCACCUUGGUGUUUGAGGAGAAGCACGCUGACAUUCUUGUUGCUGCUAUCGAGAAGGUGUUAGUCGGUUACUAA